CGGGGUCAUGAUCGCGUCCUUCCUCCUGCUGCAAGACGCCACUGAACAUCCGGAAAACCUCCCUGUCGGCUUGAACGCGCCUGACUCGGAAAAUCUCCUGCUCCGACACUACGGAAAACUGAAAACGAGUGACUCCUCCGGAAGCCUGAACGGGAAUUCAAAUAGAUUUGUCGACCGAUGACGUGUCGUCCAAUCUGUGAGAGAGGGAUCAAAGUCUUCCCUGGAUGAAUCCUGCGCGACGAGCUGAGUGUGUUUGCUUUGGUCACCGAGGGAGAGGAGGAUGGCAGGAGGAAGUCGUCCUGCACCUGAAGCUAAAGUCCCGUGAUCCGCGAUGAGUCACAUCCUGCGGCCACGCUGCGCCGACAUUCCCGGCUCCCGGUGGUCCGCGUCGCUCGGAUCCAGUGUCGGGAAAACUGUCAGCAGAUGGGAAAAGAGGCAAUGUACAGACGCGUCUGGCCGCUGCGCACCGGAGCGGGAUGGACCGCAGGACGGGUCCGGUGCGUCCGCCUCGGAGCUCCGCCGGCGCGUCGGGGACAAGAGCCUGAGCGACUCAUUCCUCAGCCAGCGGCUGCAGCCCGCGGACAGACCGGGAGGAGACCGUCUGCAACCGGCUGAACAGCACAAGUGACAUGUCGGACAACGCCCGUCUGGAGAAGCUGUGUUUAACGGGCACAUGAAUGCAACACGAGACCAGAGCAGCUCAUCCAGAGGAGCCCGUUCCACGUGAAGAUCAAAUCAGCUUCCGGCAACUGAUGGAUGGAGCCGACCCCUCGCUCCGGAGGUGUGGCGUGACGGAUGACAGAGGGGUUGAUACGGCGGGAGAGAGACAGAGAGAGACAGAGCGAGGAGAGCGAGGUGGCGGCGCCGCGAGGGGUCGUGGCCGGUGGUAACGGAAAUCAAGAAGAAGCAGCAGCAAAAGAACCUGAUCUUCUCUUCUGACCUGCACGGAGAAAACACAACCUCUAACUCUCUGCAAACAGAUGGAUGUGUCAGGCACCAGCCCCGGAUAUGAACCAAUCAGUCACUAUCUCCGGAUGACGGACAUUUAAACGCUCGGUUCCAUCAUGAGGUGAACGUAACCGAGCGUCAAGGAACAUCACAGGACGUUAACACACGGAACUCGUGGCCAAGACUUUACUGGAAUACGAGUCCAGGCCACUCGUCUUCAUCCCCGCCUCCCCAUUCCCCGUCACUCCCCUUCCCCUCUACCUCCGCCCCCCGUUGGUUAACUUUAAAACUCAUCAAAUAAGUCUCCUCCGAUGGUCAGUGAAGCUCCUUGAGGCUCUCUCUUUGGGAUGGGCGGACCAGGAAGGGCUCUGCUCGGCGGGUUCAGCACCACCACCUCCUCCUCUGUGGAGGUCGGAGGGCGGAUGUCCUGGCCGAGCAACAGCCCUCUGGACCUGAACCAAACCCAGCCGUGGGGGAGCGUGGGCGUCGGCGUGGGCGUCGGCGGCGCGGCCGCCAUGAGCGCAGGAGUGGACAACUUCACCCAGGCGUCCGUCACCCGCGAGGUGAUCAAGGAGAAGAACUGGCCGGCGCUGCUCAUCCUCGUCAUCAUCGCGCUGACGGUCGGCGGCAACAUCCUGGUGAUCCUGGCGGUGUCGCUGGAGAAGAAGCUGCAGAACGCCACCAACUUCUUCCUGCGCUCGCUGGCGGUGGCCGACAUGCUCGUGGGCAUCCUGGUCAUGCCCAUCUCCCUCAUCAACAUCCUGUACGACUACGCCUGGCCUCUGCCCAGCGCCCUGUGUCCCAUCUGGAUCUACCUGGACGUGCUCUUCUCCACCGCCUCCAUCAUGCACCUGUGUGCCAUCUCCCUGGACCGAUACGUCGCCAUCCGCAACCCCAUCGAGCACAGCCGCUUCAACUCCCGGACCAAGGCCAUGAUGAAGAUCGCCGCCGUCUGGACCAUUUCUAUAGGCGUGUCGACGCCGAUCCCCGUCAUCGGCCUCCACAACGAGGACAAGGUCUUCGUCGACGGCAGCUGCGUCCUCAACGAGGAGCGCUUCGUGCUGAUUGGCUCCUUCGUGGCCUUCUUCAUCCCGCUGGUCAUCAUGGUGGUGACGUACUGCCUCACCAUACAGGUGCUCCAGCGGCAGGCCACAGUCUUCCUGUACGAGGCCAAGGCGUCCUCCCAGCAGCCUUUGCACACGCCGGCGCUGACCAACACGCUGCGGCCUCCGUCCAGCACCUUCCACCUCCCUCAGAUCAACACGCUGGCGCCGCCGGACGCACAAGAGUCGAAGCCCCCGCCGCCCCCGAGCAGACGGAACACCCUGAGCUGCCUGAAGGGCGCCGAGCCCGCCGCGCUGCUCGCCGUCUCCAAGUCGGACAGCAUCAGCAUCAUCCCCAGCUCCGAGGCGCCGUCCCAGCUCAGCUCGCCGGCCGGCGGGCCGGGGCGGAGCGACGCGGCGGGCUGCCACGGCCGACGGGGGAUGAUGCAGGCCAUCAAGAACGAGCGGCGGGCCUCCAAGGUCCUGGGAAUCGUCUUCUUCCUCUUCCUCAUCAUGUGGUGUCCCUUCUUCAUCACCAACGUCACCUUCGUGCUGUGCCGCGGCUCCUGCAACGAGUCGCUGCUGCACGACCUGCUCAACGUGUUCGUGUGGGUGGGCUACAUCUCGUCGGGGGUCAACCCUCUGGUCUACACGCUCUUCAACAAGACGUACCGGAGGGCCUUCUCCAGCUACAUCAGGUGCCGCUACAAGACGGGCGCCGCCGCCGGACAGAGUUGCAAAACGCUGCUGGUCCCCCCGCCGUGCCCGUCGCACGCCGUGACGCCCCUGAUGGGCGGCCACGGCAAGGCGGGCGUGGACCGCAACAGUAACUGUCGCAACGGCAGUCGGGGGGACAACGGGAGGCUGGCGGUCGACCCGGAGGACACGACGGACGACGGCACGCAAAUCGGAAUAGUGUCGCAGAGCCUCUCGGAGUGCUACGACAUCGGCAUGCUGUCGGAGGCGGAGGCGGAGGCGGCGCUGUCGCUCGUCAGCUGCAGUCCUGCGUCCGUGGAGCGCACCAGCAGCGUGUGAAACUGCGGUUCCUGUUCUGCCUCACGUCUCCUUCUGGAAACCUGCCGGGCCGAGUGCCGCUUCACCGGGCUGGGGGAAGGAGCGGCCCUCAGUGUGUAGAGAAAAUGGGAUCAUCUCCACGACGGUUUAUGGAAUGAAAACAGAUUCAAAAUGUCCGUUUUCAUUCCACGAACAGAGAUCAGCAGUGACUGAACAGGCCCCGAGGACCUGAGUCGAUCCAGAGCUUCGCCUCCUCCGGUUCCAGAAUCGAGCGCCGACCGUCAAAGGAGUUCGGGAUCGAACUGCGACCUCAAGCCUCCUCGCCAAGCGAACGCAAAACCAAAAUCUAUUUUUUCGUUACGGGUCGAGCGUUGACGCUGUCCGGUAGAAUCUCCUCGUUCGUCCGACGAGAGACGAGGAGAUUUUCUCUGACAGAAACUCUCCAGGCGAAGUUUGAGUCGAAGGAAUGUACCAGGACAGCUGGUGUUUGGUGGACUCACAGCGCCACCUUGUGGCGACACGAGAGGCUGCUCCCCUCCGACAGAACAAGGAGCUAAAGAGCAAAAUGAAAAACCCAACAUGGCUCAGAACCUUUGGUCCGAACUCCGUCAGGCUCCUGCUUCCUGUUUCCAUCCAGAAUUCCCAAUUAGCUUUUUUUCUUUCUUCUUUUAAGCUCAAAAAUAAUACCGGAGGGCCGGAACAUUCCUCUGAUGUCAUCCUCAUAGGGGAACUAAAUAUAGAUUUUAUGACAUCAGCCACAUAUUAUUAUUAUUAUUAUUAUUAUUAUUAUUAUUAUUACCAUUCAUUAUCGAGUCACUCACGAACCUGUACUUCUGCGAGACAAAUUAACUUCAAAUUUGGAAAAUGUUCUUAGAAAACGUUUAAAUUCUUCACAAAUAUAAAGAUUAUGCAAAAAACUGGGGGAAGCAAUAAUGAUUUCAACCACCUGUUGGUGAAAUGAAACAAAGACGGUGAUGGAAGAGAAAUGAUUUCAGGCGCUUUGAGUUGAAUUCAAGACGCAGAUUGUAGCCGAAUGUGAAUUGAUGAGAUCAGACUUCAUAAACGUAUCAUAUCAACAGAUGACACAUCAGGAUAUUCCCGGACACACACAUGAAUGUCGUUUUUAAAGAAAACGUUUCCCUCUCAGUCACUAAUGAGGCUGCAGCGCCUCCUACUGGCCAGAGGCUGUAACUGCAAAGAAAGAAACACAUUGUCAAUAGAACUUAUUUUAAAAUAUUUGAUCUAAUUAAACUUCAGGCACAAAGUGGACGGACUGUGUGAUGAUGAUGAUGAUAAUAAUAUGAAUAAAUUGGAUUUAUAUUUUUGCCUUUUCAAAGUUCAAAGGUAGCUGUACAGAUUUUGGAAAAUAGAAUUGGAACAAUCCCAAGGACAGAAAAUAAUUUUGACAGUAUUAUAAUAAACAUAGUAAUAAUAAUAAUAAUGAUAAUAAUCCUGAUGAUUUCACACUGGAGGUGAUGGGUUUGAAUCUAUUCUAAAUUAGAUGCAUCGUGAGAAAUAUAGUGUUUUUACGAGCUCUCGUCUGAAAGUUUAAAAAGAUAUAAAAUAAAUUUGUUUUAUUUGAUGAUGUUUUAUUUGAAAUAAAUUGAUGACGGCGGUGCAAUAUGUUUAGUAUGACAUUUCAUAUAAUUGCUGGACUUCCCCUUUAAAUGCAAAACAACACGACGAGUCUUCCCUUCAUGCUCGACUAGAUAUUACUCCCCCCAGUGUGAACAAUAUUCAAUAAUCACAAACACAUGAAUGUACAGUAAGUUUAACCCUUUACACCCCCCAGCCCUCUCCCCAGGGUCAAAGGUCACAGCCUGCAGUGGUCCAAAGGGAAGUGAUGCCUGAGGGUCAGCAGACGCUCGUCUGUAUCGCCUCUCUCUCUCUGAGCUACAGGCCGACAGCGGUCUGCACCACGAGCCGGCAUCGAGCCUCCGGCCUGCGGAACAUGGUGCAUAUGUGUGUGUGUGUGUGUGUGUGUGUGUGUGUGUGACGUGUCUUCCGAAUGGUUCCUCUCAGCCGUCCCGCCGCCAGUUUCCUCCUCCUCUGUAAUAAAAUGGUUUCUGAAAAGGAACCGGCAGAACAACAAAACGAACCAACAACCAAUUGUCAUCGCCGUCACAACAAGAAAAACAACGACGCCGCGGUGGUGACGAGAGACGACGCUCUGUCACCAUGUUAUGACUCCUGUGUGUGUGUGUGUGUGUGUGUGUGUGUGUGUGUGUGUGUGUGUGUGUGUGUGUUCGGAGCCGUUUACUGACAAAAGUUUCACUUGACGUUUUCCCGUUUUUCAGAACGUGAUAUUUUUUAAAAAAGGUCCGACUCUGCGACUGGAAGGUUCAGACGUGUGAAGGUGGCGCUGACAAACUGCCGCCGUCUGAUGUCGUUUGAAAUAUAAUUUUUUCAAUUGGUGUAAAAAAUGUUUCCACCGAAUACAAAAUUAAAUAUCACGAAAACAGAGAAAAAACAAUUUAAGCGUAGGACUAGUUCGACUUUUUGGGACAUAUGUUUAUUUUGAUACCUUUCUCAUGGCUGUUUGGUAAAUAAUAAUAAUAAUAAUAAACUUUAGGUUUCAACUACCUACAGACAGGUUAUAUAAAGUUGAUUAUUGAGGUUUAAAUGUGUAUUACUUCUUACUUGAGAUGUUUGCCUGUAGCCCCAAUGCUAAGCUAACCUGCUGCAGAUCACUUACAAAACAUGAUAAGACAAGAAGACAACUGCACAAGCGUCCCAAAAUGUCGACCUGUUGCAUUAGAUGUUUGGGAGAAAUGUUUCUUCUCUUUUGAAAACUUGAGUUAGAAAUAAUAAGUUUAGGAACUCACAAGGUUUCCCUGAGUUUUCAGAGCUAAGAGAGAUGAGCACCUCAACGUGCCGACUUUGGGAAACAAUCUUUUCCAAAGUUCUCUGGUCCGAGCUUUUUAUAUUCUGAUGAACUGUCUCUGUCGACCUUCUCGCUGACCUUCCCCGGACGCGUCACUCUGUCAGUAAACGUCUCUGAGAAACAACCGGAGCUGCAGGUCGUUCAAGAGUUUGACAAACCCAUCGAUGUGUGGCGCUCCGGUUCGUCCCGGUUCGUCUUGCUCUUGUACGAUCCCGCGCUCGUGGUUUUGCUUCUCUCUUUUCUUUUUCUGUGUUUAAACCCUCUUCUGUUUGGCAAUUUUUUUAUACCAUUUUAAUUGUGAACGUUUUGUCUGAAACAUCAUCCUUGAUUAUGACGUCAUCCACACAAUGGGUUUUUUUCGUCUUCUGCGUAAUGCUGCUAUUUAUUUAUUAAAAUAUUACUCUAAC